AUGCAAAGUUUGCACAAUAAAAAAAGAUGCAUGAAAUUUUUAGCAAUGGCAUCUUUAAUAAGAAAAAUGUUAAUAUUAAAAUUAAUAUAAAGAAAUCAUUGAUCGAUAUGUACUUGUACAGAAAUUAUAACCACUUGAAUGGAAAUUACUUAUUUUAUUUGAAAAAUUAUCUGCACACGGAUGCAGUUGCUGCGCUUGAAUUUUCCCGCGUGCUCGUUCAGUAAAGAGGGCGCUGUUGUGUCGUUUGCUUCUGCGUGUUGCUCAGUUAUAGAAAUGCAGUCGCAGUGUUUACAUCGUCUCGUGCUCGGUAGUGUGCAAAUCGUGUAUUUUCGAGGCGCUUCGUAUUUAUACGCGUAGUUUGAAUCCCACGUGUUCUUUGAUCGAUUAUGCACAUAAGGAUAGUACCGAGCAAUUGAUAUUAAUAGGAUAUAAAUGCAUUAAAAAUAAUUUGUGAAAAAUAAACAGGACGCACAAGACAAAAUAAAUGGAACAGAAAUAAAAUUAUAUUAUUUGAAUUGUUUUUAGUAUUAAUAGAUAAUACACAUAAAUAAUGGAUCUUCAAAAUAAUUUAGAUACAUUUACAUGUGCUUUUCGUGAAGCUGUUAGAUCUUGUAAAUCGGAUACUGCUACAUUAGAUAGUACAUUUAGAAAAUUGAUAACCUCUGCUGGAAAGUAUAAGAAAGAAAUACUUAUAUCUUUUUUUGAUAACUUUAAUGAUACACCAUUUAAUUUUGAAAAUAAAAUUGACGAUGUUACUUUGUUGGAAUUCUUUCAACAAAUUGUAGAUGAUAUUUUAUUAGUGAAAAUAUUGACACCUGUUGAUUAUAAGUUGCUUACAAAGAUAACAUAUUUUUAUCCUAUCAUCGUUGAAAAGAAAAUUGAUAAUAUUCUAUAUAAAUUGUAUUUACAAGAACCAACGAUAGAAAGUAAUGAACUGUUCAUUGGUAUUUUGGAUGCCAGCAUUUUAUUAAAACAAGAACAUAAAUUAAUUUCACAACUUUUGACAACGUUGGAAGAAGUCGUUGCUAUUGAAAAUGAAUUAGAAGAAUCUGAUUUAUUGACAAAAUCAUAUUUUCCGCUUGAAUUUAAAAAUAAAUUUACCAAAUCGGUCUCUACGUUCACAAACUCGCAUGUUCUGACAAUAUUCAAAAUUUUGAUAGAUAAUUUAAACAGACAUUGCCUGGAAUCAUUGAAAUGUAAUACAACUGGUAAAAGUACAGUAUUGUUGAAAGUGGUAACAGAAUUAUUAAUUGGAUUUUUAAACAAUGUGUGUAUCAUUGGGAAUACAUCGACUUCAGCUUAUCAACAAGAAUUCAUAAAUGUUUUAAAUGAAUUAGGAAAAUAUCUAUCUGUUUUAAUAAAAAAAGCUUUACAUGUAAAUCAUAAUGCUAAUAUUAUUGCUAUUUUAUUAUCUGUUAUAUUGUCAUGGAGCGAAAUACAAAAUAUGAUAAAAUAUUAUUUACCAAAUAUUCAGAACAAUGAAUUAGUAUUUCCUAUUUCGGAAGAUCACUGGCAACAACUGAUUCAAAGAAUAACUAAUUUCGGUGAAGAGGAAUGCAUAAAUAAUAUGAACAAGCUUAUAAUACACCGCAUUAAAUAUUAUAUCAGAGUUGAUUUUCCCAUCAAAUUAGAUAAUUUAAUAAACGGUUUGAAAUAUUUUUGGAGUUUCAUAUUGAAAUCUAACUCAGAAUUAAUUUUAUUAUUAGAUAAUAAAGAACUUUCUGAAUUAGUUUCAUUACUUGUAACUUAUAUGACGUUCAAUGAAUGUAAUUUUUGUGAAUGGAUGGAAGUAAUAAGGAAUGAUUAUUUGCAAGAAAACAAACGAUUUUUAAUAUAUCUUUUAUGCCAUAUUCUUAUACAAAUGGGAACAAUACCAAAGAAAGGAGUAACUAAAUCUAUUUCGCAGCAUAUAGACACAAAAGUAGUACUGUCUGCGGAAGUUUUUGGAAAAAAGAAAAUAAAAAGGAUUUUAGAAACUGUAAAAGUAGAAAUACUUAAAUCUAAAUGGGAACAAAUGAAAAAUACAGAAAUUGCUAAAAUUAAAUUAUAUUUAGAUAUUAUAGUUCAUAUGCCAAUAGCAUUUUUUAAAUCUAAUGUUAGAGCUUUAUUACUUAUGAUUAUAUUUACUGUCAACAAAGAAUGCACGAAAAGCGAAGAUAUAACAAUUUUAUGCAACAAAAUAUUUCUUAAACUUUUUCAAACAACUGGUCUUGAUAUUUUACAAUAUAUAGAUCCCGUAUCAGUAAUACAUCAACUAUCUCAAUUUAAAGCUUUUUCAAAAGCUUUAGAACAAUCAUUACGAAAUAUUAAAUCUUAUGAGAUUUUAAAAACAUUAAUAAAUUCAUCUUCUAUUAAUAAGGAAACUAUGUAUAUUCUUUUACAAUGCAUAGAAAAUGUAAGACAGAAAUUAGAUGCCGAUCAGAAAUCUAUUUUUAAAAAAGCAGAACAAAAAUUAUCUAAGAAAUUAUUUAACACAUUACCAACAAAUAUUGAACUUCCUUACGAUGUAAAGUGUUUGACAUUGAUAUUAAAAAUGAAUGCCUUAAAUAAGGAAACCGAGAAUACUUUAAACGAAUGUAUAGAGUCUACAUUACAUAAAAUAUUUAUGUCUAAGCAAGAACCACAUUCUAAUGAGUUAUUAGAAGCAGGAUUACAAUUAGCUGCCGUAAUUUUUCGAAAUUAUAAAGAAUUUCAAAUUUCUCAAGAAAUUAGAACACAAAUAUGGUCUAUAAUGUUAGAUUAUCCUUGUGAGGAUUUACUUCUACCUUUGAUAGAAUCUACCGAAGUUGGACAAUUCAAAAAAACUCUAUAUUUGAUGCAAGCUCUAAUGAUAGAAGAAUUACCUAAAUCCGAUAGUAACAAGUUAGAAAAUACGUUUAGUGUUUGGAAUGCUGUAUUGAAAUCAGAUAUGUCAGCUCAACGUAAUAAUCUCCGUACAACAACAAUUGAAAACUUGUUUAAAAACAUACAAAUUAUAAACGUAUCAGAACAACAUUGGCCAAGAUUAUUAGAAUCACUUCAGAAUAUAAUCAUUUCUAAACAUUUAUAUAUAUCUGAUAAUAUUAUCGAUCUUAGUAUGAGUAUUGCUUUACAAGCCUUAGAAAAAAGAAAUCUUUCAAUAUGCAACAAUGUUUUAAUAUUAUGUGGAAUUUUAAUUAAAGCUAAAAUGGACAUAAUAGUAGAUAGAUUACCAGUAUUGCUAAGUUUAUUUAGACGUUUAAUUACUAUUAUCAUUCAAUUAUCUAAAAUUGUUGAUAAAGUUCAAGAUCAUUUUUGUCGAUGUCUCUUACUUGAUAUUGAAAAAUUUACAACGUGUUUGGUAAAACAUAAAAAGGACCUAAUGCGUUUAAGUCCAUAUGUCAUAGCUGAUUUGGUCCAAUUACUGUCAGAAGGAGGAUUAAAACCUUUUGUAAAAAUUUCUUUGGAAAAUACAAUAGCUACGUUACUCAGUAUCUGCGAUCAACAUGGUAUUGCCUUAUUAUCACGUACACUUCCAUCGAAUCUACAAGAAAUUUUCAAAACUCAAUUUGAUAACUAUAAUAAAUUUCAUAAAUUUCUUGGAAAGAUAUAAAAUAAUAAAUGAAAUGAAUGUAAAUA